AAAAGAAAUUAGAAAAAAAGAAAAGAAAAGAAAAGAAAAGAGACGAGGCCCUACCCAGUACCCACCAUCUUCUUCCUUGUCUCUGCGGCACCCCCCCAGUCUUGCCUUCCUUUUCUACAACCCGCACUCUUUGCGUUUUGCUUCAGCCGAACAGCAGCCUCCCAUUGCAGGACCUUUUCAUCUGCCCACCUGUUCACGUCUCCGGUGGAGUCAAGCGAAUCCGGCGAACAACUGCGGUACAGUGACGUCCAAUAUCGCGACCUGUGUCCUUCACGACCAGUGACCUUUUUGUGACGGGCGACCCUCAAUUCUUGGCUUUCCAGAAGCUUUCGUCCUUUUCGCUAUGGAGCAUCAGAUUGUUCGGGUUCCCUGCCAGAGAAUUGGCUGCAAUGCCUUGUUCACUGAGGACGACAAUCCCGAAGGUUCCUGUCAAUACCAUGAUUCGGGACCUAUAUUUCAUGAUGGGAUGAAAGAAUGGAGCUGUUGCAAGAAAAGAAGCCACGACUUCAGCUUAUUUUUAGAGAUUCCAGGAUGCAAGACCGGAAAACAUACAACUGAAAAGCCAGUUUUGACCAAGCCAACCACUGGUGUUAAGAAGCCAAGUCCUCCUUCUUCCAUGACAAAUACAUUAGGGAAAGAGUUAUGUGCUAGGUGUCAGCAAGGUUUCUUCUGUUCAGACCAUGGUACACAAAUUAAAGGCAAUAACAAAUCUAUUAAUGAAACCUCAACUAUACCUGGUGCAAGCAAUACCGAUACUCAGGCCCCUCAAAAAAAAAAAAAAAUUGGUAUGAAUGAACCUCAGAUCUGCAAGAAUAAGGGUUGUGGUAAAACUUUCACAGAGAUGGAGAAUCAUGACACUGCCUGCAGUUACCACCCCGGACCUCCUGUUUUUCAUGAUCGGAUGAGAGGGUGGCAAUGCUGCAACAUUCACGUUAAGGAAUUUGACGAGUUCAUGGACAUUGCUCCCUGCUCUCGUGGUUGGCACAAUGCCGGUCCAGCAUAACUAAACAACAUAGCCAUAUAAGAAUUGAUUGAACUACCAGAAGCUUUGCAAAGACAAUCUAUUUACUUCCGAGAUAAAUAUCAUAAUAGUUUAUAUGGUACAGAGUUUACCAUGAACUUUUAUUGGACUUGUUUUGUAGUGCAACUUUGUGUUUCUAUGAAGAUGUUGGAAGGUGGACUGGUUGGUCAUAUCUGAUUCCGACAUUCAUUUCCUUCUGGCUUAUAAAUAGGAGAAACAACUUUGGAGAUCUCAGUAACUUCAUCAGCAUAUAUACUAAAUGCAUGAAGCUUCAUUUCGAUGUUUGUAUGUUUAUGAUAAACUAUGUUAUAUAUUUUUUGUCCUGCGAUAUAACAUUAUUAAUAUUUUGAAACUGUCCUCGACGUGUUCUUCCGUAUAAAUGCUCAUCUUGUGGUCUCAAUGAUGGACAUGCACCUUAUAAAUUGAAUUCCCCUUCCAUCUGAUGGCAAACUAGAGCCAUAUUGUUGCCCCAUCAGUUUAAUUGAAUGGUAUAUGUAUUCAUUUCAUCUAAUCACACAAUAUAGUUGUAAAUUUUAUACUCUUAAA